AUGGGGGGUGCAAAGCUCUGCCUUUUGCUGCUGCUGGGCACAUACACACUAGCCCUGGCCAAAACAUUCAAGAACUUCAGGCGAUAUGUGUAUGACUAUGAAACUGAGACCUUGAACGGUGUGAAUGGAGCUACAGGCGAUAAGAGCGGCCACAAAGUCUCCUGCAAAGUUGAGGUUGAUGUGCCCCAGACCUGUAGCUUCAUCCUCCGCACAACAGAGUGCUCUCUGAGUGAGAUUUCUAAUGUGAACGAAGAGGGGGAACCAGUGUAUUAUACUGCUGCUGGAGCUGAAGCUUUCAGUGCUGCCAUGGCCAAGAACCCCUUGAAGAUCACAGUUAAUGGACAGCAUCAUGUCCAUCUCUACCCAGAGGAUGAUGAGCCCAUCAACAUUCUGAACAUCAAGAGGGGAAUUGUCUCUGCUCUCAUUGUGCCUGUAAUAGAGGAACAGAGGAACAAAGAAUUGCCUACUGCGCAUGGGGUCUGCUCCACCGACUUCACUGUCAACACCAGAGAGGACAUUGCUACUGAUGUGACCAUCAGCAGGGAUCUUUCCAAAUGCUACUUCUUCAUUCCAGCGAGCAGGCUGAACACUAGUCCCCUGGCCCUCAUCUCUGGCAUGAACAACCCUCUUUCCAAACUGAUUAGUAGCAUCCAGACCUGCAACUACAAGUUUGACAAUCAGAAAAAGCACAUGACCAGUGGAACCUGCACAGAGAAACACAUCUUCCUGCCCUUCUCCAACCAGAAUGAAUAUGGAAUUUCUGCGAUGGUGAAACAGACUGUGACUCUGAGGGAGACUGCCAGGAUCAAUGACAGAAUCUUUGACCACGGUGAGUAUGAGAAAAACCUCAGAUACUUGCCCAUGGAUUUUGCUGAUGACAAGUCCCCUGUGCAGAGCAAGGAUGCUGCCUUAGCCACUAUGAAGCAGCUGAACACUCUGUCACAGACCACUAAGGGUGAGGAGCGUGCCAUCCUCUUCCAGAAACUGGUGUCUGAACUGCGUGACCUGAAGGCUGACAUCCUGGGGUCUGCUGCUGUUGAGAUGAUGGACGUGUCCAGCUCUCUGACAUGGCAAGCUCUUGUUCAGUGUGGUUCCCCAGAGUGCACAAGUGCCAUGCUGAAGAUUCUCAGGACCUUUGAUGAAAGUGUUCUUGAGGUUGAUGCUGCUGUCUAUGCCCUGGCAUUGCUGCCUGGCUCCUCCCGCCUCAUGGUGAAGGACAUGCUGGCAAUGGCUCAGUACAAACAGAGCAAACCCAUCAUGUAUGCCCUGAGCAAUGCAGUCAGGAAACUGUAUAAGGAUGAGGGAGUCACCCCUGAGAUCACUGCUGUAUCUGAGUUUGUGGCAUCUCUUCUGGGCACAGACUGUGCUGGGGAAAAAGAGCUGACCUUCCUGACACUGAGGGUUGUUGGAAACAUGGGGGAUGCAUUGGAGGCUGCUGACCCUGCUAUAAAGACCACCCUCCUGAAGUGCAUGAGACAGCCUGCAACCACACUGCCUGUGCAGCUGGCUGGCAUCCAGGCUUUCAGACGCAUGUCUGUGACUGAUGAGGUUCGCUCUAACCUUCAGAGGGUCAGCCAGUACUCUAAGGGUGCUGUACAAAAGCGCUUGGCAGCUUACCUGAUUCUGAUGAGGGACCCCCAGGACAGUGACAUUGAGAUGGUGAAGAAGAUGCUCAAGCAGGAGCAGAAUGAACAGAUCAAAGCCUUUGUAACAUCCCACAUCUACAACAUCAUUUCCUCCACUGAUUCAGAGACCCAGAAGAUCGGCAUGAAAAUAAUGGAUGCCCUGCACGACACUGAUGUUACUACACACCACGACUACAGCACAAAGUCUCGCAACUACAAACUGGGUGUGGCACAUGGGAGCAUGCAGGCCAGCAUGCAGGGAAACAUUGUCUUUGAUCCCAGUAGUCAGUUGCCCAGGGAGGUCUUGCUGGAAACUACUCUGAAAGCUUUUGGAUUCAACAUGGACAUUUGGGAGAUUGGCAUGGAAGGAAAAGGCUUUGAGCCAACCAUUGAUGCAUUGUUUGGAGAGAAUGGGUUUUUCCCCGACACUUUGUCCAAGUCUCUGUACUGGGUUGAUGACAAGAUGCCACCAGCGAUCAAAGAAUUUCUGGAGAAUUGGAUUAUUGCCAUGAAACCGGAAAGACAGGUUCCCAAAAAUCUUGUGAAAGAAAUUACGAACAAUUUCAACAAACUGGUAAAAGCUCUGCAGAGUCAAGAGUCCCCAGAGGCCAUGGCCUACCUGAGGAUCAUGGGAGAUGAGCUUGGCUACAUCAAGGGCAAUGAACUGAAGUCUAUUGCUGAUAACGCAAUGAAGUAUGCAGAGAUUUUAAUGAAGAUGAUUCCUACCAAGGUCAUAGCUAAACUGAUUUCCAGCACAGACAAUGAGAUUUUUGCCCACUACAUCUUCAUGGACAACAGAUUCAUCAUGCCAACAGCAUCUGGCUUGCCUCUGAAAUUUGCUCUGUCGGGUACCUUCACUGCUGGUGCAAAGGGAGGCCUUCACAUUUCACCAAACAUGAACGAGCUGCUGUUCAUGCCUUCAGUAGGAGUUGCAUUUGUGACUCAGAUGGGAAUCCAUAUCCCUGAAUUUGUUGUGUCCACUGUUGAGAUGCAUACCAACAUAUACCAUGAGAGCGCACUCAAUGCCAAGAUCACCAUGGAGCAGAACCAGAUCAAGCUUUCCAUCCCCACCCCGCAGGGCACCACAAAGCUCCUGAGAAUAAGCAAUGAAGUACUGAUUGUGGGUGCUGGGACGGCUACAACAAUCCCACACACACAGGCCAAAACUGACUGCCGCCAUCUUUUCUAUGGAGUCAGUUACUGCUUCGAAACAGAUCAUCGUGAUACCAGUGGCAACACUGCUGCUCCUCUGAAUGGCAAGAAUGUGUUUACUGUAAUCACCGAGCCUAACAAAGAUGUCCAUGAGUACACCGCCACUAUUGCCUAUAACCUCCUCAGUGAAGGGAAGGACAGCCGCCACAAGGUUGAUUCUUUGAAGAUGACCCUGAGAGCUGAAGGUGAUCAACCUCGUGAAGCUUCAGCCACCAUGAAGUACAACAGGAACAGAAAUGUCUUCACAACCCAAAUCCAGAUACCUGACUUUGAUGUUGAAGUUGGUGCUAAGAUUGGCAUUACGGACAGCAGUUCCAAAGGCAAAUCCAUUACCCUUGAAAUCUCAAACAAGAAUGUGCCCCAGCUCUCUCUGACUGGUCGUGCCAAGCUUCAGGCAAUGAAUGAUGGCAUGCUGCAGGUUCAGCUUUUAGUCCCUUCUCUCAAAACUGAUGCUGCCAUCACUGCUACCAUGAGCAAAGCUGACGGACUCACCAUGGAGGUCAGAAGUGAUGUCAAGCUCCCAGGGACCUCUUCUAGUCAGGCAGUCAUAUUCAAUUAUGGCGAGGACCAGGCUGAGGUUCAACUGAUUUCCAGCAUGAGUGCUAUUACUGAAAUCCUGGUGCCUUGCACUAAAGGCCUCCAGUCCUGGCUCAAGAAAUCUGUAGAGGAUGUCAUGGAUCAGAGGGUUGUCAAGACUGACAUGAAACUGCAUCAUAUCUUCAACAAAGCAGUUGAGGCUAGCAAUAUCUGGAUGAACAAGAUCACAACUGAUGUUCCAUAUGUGGAGACUCUGAAGAACAGUAUAGGAAAUGUGGAAAUGCCCUCCAUGCCUGAAAAUCUGUUCAUGAACCUUACAAGUACAUUCAGAUACCAGUUCAACCAAGACCAUUUGACCAUCAGAAUCCCCCUACCUCUUGGAGGCAGAUCAUCUGCAGAGCUAGGGAUAUCUCCAAAGGUCACCUCCCCACGCAUCUCUAUGCCUCAGGUGGGAAUGGACUUUGAUCCACAGGAGAUUCAGAUCCCCACCUUUACCAUCCCUUCUGAAUAUGAUCUCACUCUGCCUCUGAUGGGAAUGGUGGAAGUGUCUGCCAAGGUCAACAGUAACUAUUAUAACUGGGAGGGAAUGCUAUCUGCUGGCAACAAUACUGAACUGUCUCCUAGCUACCAAGCAACCUUCAAUGUAAUGGCUGACAGCCCAGUCAAACUCCUGUCCUUCUCAGCUAAAGGAGCUACAAAACUCACAGACACAGCAGAGAAAACUAUGAAAUUCUCCAUUGAGGGUUCCCUGAACCACAUGCUCAUGAGCACAAGUUUUGAUCUCAUGGAAAGCAUUGCUGUCACAGAUAAUGUACUAACAACAGGAAGGUACAAUUUCUAUGCUGAUGCCCCUAUGGGUCUGGACACGUCUCUUACUAUUACCACUCAGUCCACCCUAGACACAAACAUGCUUUUUGGAGAUGUCAAUGCAGAUGGAAGUGUUAUUAUUGGACCUAUGGCUGCUACCACUACCUAUCGCCACACCUUCUCUGUUGAGCGAGCAAAGAAAGAAGCAAGAGUGGAGAGUACCCUGAGAGUGGAUUCUAAGGCCAUGAAGGCUGUGAACAAGAUGAAGGCAUCAUAUGCGAAUGACGAACUUCUGAUCAAAUCUAACACCAACAUGAACAUUGACCUCAUCGAGCACAACACCGAAAUGAGUCUUAGCUACAAGAAUGCCAAGCUUAUUGCCCAGUCUGACUCUGUGACCAAAGCUAAUGAGAGAAUGCUUCGUAACCAGAUGGAGUUCUCUGCCUUUGGAGGACAUGCCAGCCUCAAGAUAGAGAAUCAAGCAGGUGAUACAGUGAACCGUGUCUACACUUUGCUCACUGGGUCCAUGAACCCCUCUGGCUUUGAGAUCAAUACUGAUGCUUCUAUGAACAUCUUUUCAAGCAUUGCCUCUCACAAGGCAACCUUAGGUCUGAACAUGAAUGGCCUGACUACCAGCUGUACAACAACUGCUCAGUACAGCCCAAUGACCUUUCAGAAUAUUUUCCUUGGUGGAGUUGACACCUCUGGUGCCACCAUGUCUCUCACAACCAAGGCAGCCAUUAAGGAGAACAAAGCUGAUCUCAAAGUUGAGGGUAAAAUUUUAAGCACAGAAGUCUAUCUCAAUGGCAUGUUUGAGGGAAACCUCUUUGACAUCAAUGCCAGGAACAGAGUGAACCUCAGAAUGAAUGAAAAUGGCUUGACAGCCUCCAAUGACAUGGUUGGAUCUUUCAAUGAAAUUAGGACUGAAAAUACCCAUUCACUGUCUCUUACACUGAGAUCAUUUACCCUCCACUCUAAGACUGACAAUGUUCUUGACAAGAGGAACUCUUACAUGCAUGACAUUACAGUUAACAUGGAGCAUUUUACCGCCUCCGUUAUUGUAAAAAAUGACCUGAAAAUCAUGGAGAUAAACUUUUUGAAUGAAGCCCAGUUCAAGGCACAGCCCUACAACAUGGACCUGACUGGAAUGAUGAAGGGAGUUUUCUCACAGGAAGAGCUCAAGCACACCUAUGAAAUCAAGUUUAUUGACAUGGCCCUAUUCGCAAAGUUGAAAACCAAUGGUAAACUCCUCGGAUCUCAGAUGACACAUACCACUGAUGUGGAGGUUGCAGGUCUGACUAUGAAGUACAACAACGUGGCUAAGUUCAACUCACCAUCACUUCGUCUGGACAGCACAGUCAAAACUGCUGCAGCCCCCUUCACUCUGAACAUUGAUGCCAUAUUCAAUGCAGAUGGUGCAGUACAUCUCUAUGGACAGCAGAGUGGUGAAGUAUAUAGCAAAUUCCUCCUGAAAGCAGAACCCCUGCUGUUCACUCAUUCAUUUGAGUACAGAGCUUCCACCAGUCAUGAACUGGAAAGCAGACCCACUAUCAAGACCAGUAUGGAGAACAAGUUCAACAGCAUGGUGAGCCUACAAGAACAAAGUGUCAUGCUGAAGCUAACAUCCAAAGUAAAUGAGCACAGGUUUGAUCAAGAAAUGAGUGCCUAUAACAAUGCAGAGAGAAUUGGUAUUGAGAUGACAGGAGCAGUCUCAACCCCCCUCUUCAGUGAGGCCAGUCAAGAUUAUGCCAUCUCUGGGUUUGUAAAAUAUGACAAGAACAGUGACAGCCACUUCAUCCAAAUCCCAUUCAUUGAGCAUCUGCCUGCAGUCAUUGAAAAUGUGAAGACCACAAUGAUGAAGCUGUUGGAUCACAGUAUUGAGAUGCUGAAAGACAUCAACAACAAAUAUGAGAUUAGUACUGUAGUUCAGAACAAAGUGUCAAAACUGAAAGAGUUCAUUGACAACUUUGACUUUGGCCUCUUUGUCGAAAACCUGAGAAAGUUUAUCAAUUCAGUAGAGGAUUUCAUUACCAAAUUGACAGGCGACUUCCCAACUGACAAAAUCAUACAUUUCCUAAAAUCCAUCAAGGACACUGUCAUGGAUUGGAUCAAUAAGCAUAACAUUCCUAAAAAAUUCAGCGCAAUUUAUGCCAAAAUAGAAGAGAUCCUCUCCAGUUAUGAGGUUGAGAAGAUGAUUGGUGUCAUCAUGGAUGAGAUUGUUAAAAUCAUGAAGCAGUAUCAGGUGAGGGAAAAGAUCCAGUCUGCAUUUGGUGCUCUCAAGUCAAUUGACAUCAAGCCUGUGCUCAAAAAGGCUAUAGUGCCUCUUCAGAAGCUUGUGAAUGAACUAUAUUCCUUUGACUUCAAACAGCUGAUUGAUGACAUGAGUGACUAUUUCAUUGGAAUGAUCCAGAAAAUAAAAUCCUUUGAUUAUGAUGCAUUCACUAUGGAGCUAAAAGAGAAAAUGGCAGAUGUGAGCAAGAUUCCCUGCUUUGGAAAACUCUAUGGAGAGUUCAGAGUUACCUCACCACAUUACACACUCAGAACCACUGCUAACCUGGAGAACACCACAGCUACAUCAGUCACACCAGAGUUCAAAAUAAAUCUUAACUCAAAGGCUAAAUCUACUUUAGAAGUCCUUGACUUCAUGUUGGAUGCCAGUGCACAUUUUGCUAUGCCCGAGAUGAAUAGUCUUACUAUCUCUGAGAACAUUAACGUUGAUCAAUCUUGUUUUACACUUGACCACAAAGGAACAAUGACUCUCUAUGAAGUGUCGGUUCAAGCUUCUUCUGCAACUACUGCAAAGGUAACAACAAAGCGCUAUGUAGCAGAGCUUGUCAAUAACGCAGCCUUUACCAUGGACAAUAGAGUUUCUGCCACUAUAGAAACUGGCUACAAACAUGACCUCAACAUGCCAUCCCUCAACAUCUUCAGUGAAACAUCAAUGAAUCAAAAAACUGUUUUCCUGCUUGAGUCUGGCACUGUCCAUCUGACCUUUAACAAUCUGGCCAAUGAAAUAUAUGCAAUUCAGGAUUUCUCAGAUGCAAUAAACCACAAGAGUGACAUGGAAGUGGUCAUGGAUCUUCACACAGCCAAAGUAACUUUCACUGGAAAAACAGGCCAAAAACACUUCAAAAUGAAUCAAAAUGUGGUUGCUGAGGUGUGCAUCUUCCGCCACUUAAUUGUCAAUACCAAAGUUGAGACAGAAACACCUUUCUUAAAGAACAGCGUUGCAGAGGUCAAGUUCCAGGCUAAGGCUGAAGACAUGAAAAUUGAUUUGACUGCAUCUCACACUGUGGAGCUGGUUGGACCAGUUGGGGGAACUCUUUCAAGCUCUGUCCUUGCUUUGAUCACACCUAACGAGCUUAUGUUUGACACCAAGAACAAGGGAAAUACCAAGGUUUCCCUUCCAUUCAAGCUGUUUGGAAAGAUGGAUCUCCAGAAUGACAUUGCGCUUACCCUUAACUCCAAAAUUCAGCAAGCUAGCUGGAUAGGCCUGGCAAGAUUCAACCAGUACAAAUACGCCCAUUACUUCAUCAUGGAUAAUGGCGAGAGAGAAAUUAACAUAUUUUCCCAAAUUAAUGGAGAAGCUAAUCUUGAUGUACUGAAGGAACCUAUCACCAUUCCUGAAAUAGCUCUGCCAUUAAUUCGUAUGCAAACACCAAGAGUGCAAGACUUCUCACUGUGGGAGGAUACUGGCCUGAGCUACCUCCUAACCACAACUCAGCAGACAUUUGACAUGAGCUCCAAGCUGAAGUACACAAAGAACCCUGAGGUGACAACCAUUGGCAUUGAUGUGGAUCCAGUCAUCAGUGUCAUUAAUACCAAUAUCAAGAAUCUGUACAAUAAAGUGGAUAGGGUCGGAGCCAUUUUUGCUACAUCUUAUGACAAAGCAAAGGCAGAGUAUGAAAAAUAUAGCAUCAAGUUGCCCAAAACCAUUACAGUGCCUGCUUACAAAGUUCCAGUGAUGAAUGUUGAGAUGUCUACCUUCACAGUUCCCCUGCCUGAUGUCAGUCUCGCCGCAAUGCCUGCUCUUCAUGUUCCGUCUGCCCUCAGCACCCUGACUCUUCCAAAAAUCACUCUGCCCAAAAUGGGGACAAUUACAGUCCCACGAAUGGGUGACCUAAUCUAUGAGUUCUCCAUGAAAACAGCAAUGAUUACACUCAAAACUAAUGCUAGCAUUCUCACCCAGGACAGCAUUAUAAUCAAACUAGAUGCUUCUUCAUCCUCUGAAUUUGAGAUUCUGACUGGAAAGAUUGAGGGCAAAACCAAUGUGGACACAGUUGGUGGAUUCAAAAUGGCCUCUGUCCUGUCUAUGAAGCAUUCAAUGGCAGAGGGAAACCAUGACAGCACCAUCAUCAUAAAUUCUGAAAAUGUGGAUACCUCCAUCACCAAUUCAGCAAAGGUCAAUCUACCUGACUUGGCAGUGGAAAUCCACCAGGAGUUUACCGGAAAUUCAGAGACAGGCCUUGUUGCUUCUAUGUCCACUCCAUCUGCGGGACUCAUUGCAGUUCAGAUGCAGACUAAGCACCCAGCACAAGUGAAAGCAAGGGUCUAUGGUCGCUACCCGUCUCAGCCAAAUACAGACAUUAAUAUAUUGGGUCUGAAGAUGUCUUUGGUGAACUCUGAGAAGCUGAACAUUCAGACAACCUGGAACAUGGAGAUACCAUAUGAGGUGCUGUUGGGACUGAAGAAACAGGUACCCACUGUCAUAGAAAAUGUGUCUGAUUGUGCUGGCAGGACCUAUGACAAAAUCCACAAACAUGCCAGCUACCUCUGGGAUUCUAUUGAACGGGCUGGAAAGCAAGGUAAAGUGAUGUUCAAGAGGGCAGUUGACAACUUUGCAACAGUUAAUCCAUCUAAGCUUAUGACAGCUGUCACAGAAAAGACCAUUGUGAUCCUCAAAGAAUACCAAAAGAAAGUCGAAAUUGUUCUUAAUGCUAUUGUAAAAUUCUUGAAAGAGACCACGUUCCAGGUCCCUGGGUAUGAAGAUAGGCUGUCUGGGCUUGAGAUCUACCAGAAAUGCAAUGCUUUUGUUGUCAAUGUAUUUGAGGAGGCUGUUCACAAGAUUUCAGAGUACUAUGCUUUCAUGUUUACUGCAGUCCUUGAUAAUUUCCAAGGCAUUAAAUUCACCCUUCCUGGCUCCAAUCACAUUGUCAAUGGAAAAGAAAUUCUUGAUGACUUGUUUUUAGCUCUGAGGAAAAUGCAGGACCAAGUGAUUGUCACUGUGAGGAAAGUGGGAAAGAUCCAGCUGGAAGACAUCAUUAAGAAAUUCUCAGUAUUUAUGCAGUUUAUCAUUGAACAAAGUGAAAGGUUUCUCCAAACCCUAAAAUCUCAGAAUGUAGAGAAGUUCUCCAACUUUGUGACUGAUGUGUACAAUGAUGUUAUUAACUCUCCUGUCCUGGUUGAUAUUUCCAAGCAGUUGUCAGAGGCCUACAGAAUUGUUAUGGAAUAUUUAAAAGCUGUGACAGCUAAAAUUCAAAAUAUUUUGGCUGACAUGUCUAGUGAACAGCUUGAAGUUUACAUCCAGUCCUGGAUUGACUCACUGGUGAAAUAUGUUAAUACCUUCCACACGAAUGCCAUUAAAACACUUAAGGAAAAAAGCAAAAAUGUUGAACCCUAUGUGAAAGUAAGUGACAGACAGAUGGAGGUUGACAUUCCUUUGCCAUUUGUUGCCAAAUUCAAUUAACUGACCAUGGAUAAAAUGUCAAAACUUGUCAGGAGCAUUGCCAGAGCAUUGCGACAUGUAAUGGACAAUACUUACCCUAUGUAAGUUAAAAGUUUAUAUUUGACCCGCAUUUUUUGACGUGUGUAAGAUGCUACGCUGACAGUAUCUGUGCCUGUUGGCUUGACUUUAUCAUGCUAA